CCUCAAAAGCAAAAGUUUGUGCUAACACUCCCGUAUGCCCUUUUCUUGUUUCAGUGUGUGAAUGUUUGAAUUUUUGUCCUCCAUUCACUUCUCUUUUUCCAUCUCUGAUUAUUUCCUGGGUUUUGUCAGUGCUUUUCUUACUCAAGAUCAAGAAAGAGUUGGAUGGCUUGAAAGUUUGAAUGCUUGGACAAUUCCUCUGCACUUUCGUUUUUCUUUUCAUAAUUUUCAUUGUUUUUUUGUUCUGCUUUCAGUACGAUUGCUAAAACAUGAUAUAGCUAUAAUCUCUGCCACUUCUUUCUAGAUGUCAUCCUGAGGUGCAACGUUGGUCUUCAUAAUCAUACUAUUAUUCUGCAGCUUCUUUCUUGAUCUGGAGGUUUGCAGGUUUUGGAUAGGGAUAUGGAUUCUUCUUCUCCUUCUUCUCUUCCUUUUCCUGCUCCCCUUCAAGAAAAGUACGAUGUGUUUCUAAGUUUCAGAGGUGAGGACACACGCGAUGCUUUUACCAGCCAUCUUCACAAAGCUUUACUUGGGAAGAACAUUGACACCUACAUAGAUAACAGACUUGAGAAAGGAGACGACAUUGGACCUACCCUUCUAGAAGCAAUCGAGAAAUCGAAACUUGCACUAGUCAUUUUCUCAAAAGACUAUGCUUCUUCCACUUGGUGUUUGAAAGAACUUGUGCAUAUACUUGGAUGCAAGAAAAGCUAUGGACAGAUUGUUAUACCCAUUUUUUAUCGCAUAGAUCCAUCACAUGUACGAAAACAGCAGGGAACUUAUGCACUUGAAGAUCGUCCACUUAAGCGCAGGGAUGAGGUGGCCAACUGGAGGGCUGCCUUGGAGGAAGCAGCCAAUAUGUCUGGGUUUCAUUAUUCAAGCAAAACAGGGAGGACGGAAGCCGAUUUUGUUGAGGAAGUUGCCCAAGAUGUUUUGACCAAAUUGAAUCGCGAAUCGUCAAAUGAUUUAAAGGGCCUGUUUGGAAUUCAAAGGAAAAUUGAGAAAAUUGAGUCGUUAUUGUGCUUGGAUUCACCAGGUGUUUGCUGUGUUGGUAUUUGGGGCAUGGGUGGUAUUGGCAAGACCACCCUUGCUGAUGCUGUAUUUCACAGGCACUCCUCUAAAUUUGAAGUUUGUUGUUUUCUUGCAAAUGUCAGGGAGAACUCCGAACAAACAAAUGGACUACAUCAGUUGCGAAAUAAACUUGUUGGUGAGAUAUUAAAGGAAAAAGAUGUAAAUAUCGACACUCCGUCCAUACCACCUCGUAUUCAAGUUAGGCUCGGGCGUCCUAAGGCGCUCAUUGUUCUUGAUGAUGUGAAUGCUCGAAAACAACUAGAAUAUCUUGUUGGUGAUCAUGAUCGGUUUUGCCAAGGAAGUCGAAUCAUUAUAACUGCUAGAGAUAAAGGCCUACUUGAGCAAAAAGUUGACCCUGCGAAGAUAUUCAGCGUUGAGGGAUUAGGUCCCGAAGAAGCUCUUGAGCUCUUUCAUUCGCAUGCUUUUGGAAAUAAGUCUCCAACAACAGAUUACACUGAGUUGUCAAGAGAGGUGGUGGAUUAUAUUAAGGGCAUUCCAUUAGCUCUUAAAGUUAUGGGGUCCUCAUUCCGUCGUUGCAAGAGCAAACAAGAGUGGGAAGUUCAAUGGAAAAAAGUGAAACGAGUUCCAAUCGGAGAAAUCCAGAAAGUGUUGAGAGUAAGUUACGAUGGAUUAGAUGACAAUGGGAAGGAGAUAUUUCUUGAUAUAGCAUGUUUUCAUAAAGGCUGUGAGAGGAAUGAUGUAGAAAGAAUGUUAGAUGGUUGUGAUUUCUUUGGGGAAGCGGGAAUCAAUGACCUUAUUGAUAGGUCUCUCAUAUCAAUUUCAAAAGAAAGAUGGUCAAAAGGGCAGAUAGAGAUGCAUGAUUUGGUGCAAGAAAUGGGUAGGGCAAUUGCUCGAGAACAACACAGUAGGUUGUUCAUUGCAGAGGAUGUCUAUCAAGUAUUGAUAAAUGACCAGGGAGAUGGACAUGUACAAGCAAUAUCCUUUGACUUGUAUGAGAUUGAAAAGCUACACUUGGAGUUGGAACAUGCAAACUUCAAAAAGAUGUAUCAACUGAGAUUCUUGCAUGUCAGUCCUUUUCUUCAAUCAAUUGUUUCUCUUGAUCUUCCCAAUUCUCUUAGAUUUCUUGCAUGGAACGGUUAUCCUUUGAAAUCUUUGCCAUCAAAAUUUUCUGCUCAAAACCUUAUUGUCCUUGAUAUGUCAUUCAACAAAGUUAGGGGGCAACUUUGGAAUGAAGACCAGAGUCCUAUGAACUUAAGAUGGAUGAAUCUUAGUUUAUCCAGACAUCUAACUGAAGUCCCAAAUAUCUCUCGGAGUCUAAAUAUUGAGCAUAUCUAUCUGUUUGGUUGUGAAAGAUUGGUUGAAAUUCCUUCGUAUUUUCAAUAUCUUAGCAAGCUCACUUAUCUUCACCUUUCGAUGUGCUACAAGCUCAAAAAUCUUCCCGAGAUGCCAUGCAGUCUUGAAUUCUUAGAUUUGUCUAGGACAGCAAUAGAGGAAUUGCCUUCAUCAGUUUGGUCUAACGAAAAAAUAUCUCACUUAGAUAUUAGAUAUUGUGGACACCUUAAGAGUCUUCCAAGCAACAAUUGUAAGCUGAAACUCUCGAAUUCUUUUAGUCUAAAGGGCUGCAAAUCUCUUUGCGAGAUGUGGGAGCUUCCCAGGAAUACAACAGUGCUAGAGUUGAGUGGUACAACAAUAAAAGAAUUGAGGAAUACAUCAAUAGAGUCUGUUGUUGGUCUCACUGCAAUUAAACUGAUCAAUUGCAAAAGCCUUGUGAGUCUUCCA